CGACGACGCCGAGGCUCUUCUCGUGGCCCAGGAGUUGUCCUCAUUCCGGGCUGGUGUACGUACGACAGCGCGCCAGCGUGCACACACACAGACACGCGUGCGCGCCGGAGAGAGAAAUGCAGCGCGCUUCACGGUUCCUGGUCCCGCCGCGCGACACACGCGCUCCGUGAGCGCCUGGUUCGACGUCCACGUACCGUCUGUGCGCGUUAACCUUUCCACGAGUGAAACUGCCACUACAGUGAGUUGUUCGGACACGCGAAUCUGUCACGGUGCGGUGUACGUGAAGGUCUGGAACGCGCGUGUUGAACUCCAGAAAGGAAAGUCUUCGCUCCCGUGAAACGUCCGGUCGACGCUGAAGAAAGGCGCGCGCGCGCGGAAGUUGAACGAAGAGUCACGUCAUUGGUGAGCUCGCGUUGCCUCUGCGUGCACCUGUUUUCCUUUGAACCUGUCUCGGCAGAAAGUUUGUGCAGUGGAAGACGUCGGAGGCGCCCACCAGCUGUGCGACCUUCCAAAGUGUCCUGGCAGGUGUUAGUUUGAAAGGUAGUGUGACCGUUUCGCCUGCCUCCUCUUAUAGACCGAUAUUCCAAGGUCGCAAACAAGUCUGUCAGCUGCGCGCGAUUACCGACGGAGAGACAACGCCCUCGUCCAAUAUGGAACUCUCUUAGAGCAACCCUGAUCACAUCACUCGACUCUGACGCUGAGCAGGCGUCUCUUGUGCUGUGCGAACUGUCUGGAAGAUCGUGUGUGCCUGUGUACCAAGACUCGUUGAUGAUACUCAGGACCGCGUUCUGAGAUCCGUGGGUGGGCUCCUGAAGAACGUGACACGCGUGUGAGUUCUGCCGACUAGAAGGAGCAAGUGGCGUUGCCUGCACGCCGACCAUGUCUCGCAAACUACAGAAGUUCCUGGUCCUUUUGGACAACGAAACAUUGCUAUACUUUCCCGGUUCCUUCCUAUCGGGAAAAGUUGUGGUGGAGCUGGAUGAAGAGAUACCCGUCACAGGCCUGUACUUCCACAUCGUCGGAGAAGGCGUGGUGCGACUCACGGACAAGUCCAAAGUGAACACGUCCGACCGGGAGAACUACAUCGACUUCCGCAUGAGGCUGCUCGGCGAGAACACGCCCAAAGGCUCACCUGCUCGAGUGGUGUUCCUCUCUCCGGGCGUGCACUCGUUCCCGUUCAAGCUGGGCCUUCCUCUGGGACUUCCCUCUACUUUCCUGGGCAAGCACGGCUGGGUCCAAUACUUUUGCAAGGCUGCUCUCAAGGAGCCCAGCGGGCUGACGCACAAGAACCAGCAGGUCUUCAUCGUCAUGAGCCCCAUCGACUUGAACCUCGAGCCAAACUUGCUUACGCAACCGUUCCACUGCGAGGUGGAAGAGAGCCUCGGCAUGGCGUGCUUCUCGUCGGGCCGGCUGUCGUGCCGCGUGAGGCUCGACAAGGGCGGCUACGUGCCGGGCGAGAGCAUCUGCAUCUUCGCCAGCAUCGAGAACAACACGCGCGUCACCAUACGCAAGACCAGGGCCGUGCUCACCGAGACGAUCCAGUACACGGCCAAGAACAAGGUCGUGCAGGCUGAGACGCGCGAGCUGGCCUUCCUGGAGAAAGGACGCAUCGAGGCCGGCACCACGGACCAGUGGCGGAACGAGAUGCUCUACAUCCCGCCCAUACCGCCCACGAACCUGCGCGGCUGCCACCUCAUACGGAUCCAGUACGACGUAUACUUCAUCAUCUCGCCCAAGGGACCGGGCAAGGAGAUCCGCCUGCAGUUGCCAAUCAUGAUGGCGACCUACCCGAUACGCAACAGCGACGGCACGCUGCAACGCAAGAAGGGCACCCACUACCCCACUGUGCUGCCCGUCUUCAGGCCCUGGCUGAACACCGACAAGUUCAAGACGUAGCCGCAGCUUCCCAACUCGAGUGGUCGUCUAUACGCUUCCUUAGAAUCCCUGGAUAGCUUUCUCUCCAGCGCCUUCUCCUGUGUUGCCAUGGGAGACUGUAAGGUCACCGCGGCAGAUGUGAAUUGUGUGAGCAUCGUUUAGUCCCUCGAUAAGACAACGUUGGCAACUGUUGUCAGCUCCAUGACAUUUGCUCGCGGUGCCCAUUGUCGUUCUUAUCUGCGCAGCCUUUCAUGUGCGCUGUGUCUCUAUAAGCCUUCGCUAACAAACACAGGUGCUGACAAAGAGAUCGUGGUUUGAGGAUUUGAAAGGUGCUCAUUUCUGCAACACGCGAGGGAGCGCGACGCAGCGUCCGGCAAAGAGAAGUCGGAGUCAAUUCUCUGUACUCCUCUCCUCCGCAAUUGAGAGAGAGAGAGAGAUAGAGAGAAGGAGAAUACAGGGAAGCGAAUAUUUUAGGUUAAUCCUUGUUGUUGCCAGCCUGAUGACAUUAAUAAAAAAAUGAGUUUUGUCUCCAAAGUGGAGUUAGCUGUAAUGUUACCUACAGUGCCCAGCUUGCGAUACUGCUGUUCCCACGUAUCGCUGCUUACUACGCUUUGCAACGCUUUUCAAUCAGAUCAAUUUGAAGACGGGGUUGUCGUGCGCGCUGCCGAAAACUGAUAAGGAAUCUCUGUUUUUCGGCUUCUCAGAGAGCGCCAACCCGACAGCGCCUUGCACUUCAAAGAAACAUGACAUUUCGUGAAACCUCACACAUAUCAGCUUUGAAUCCCAAGUGUAGGGAUUUAACGGCAGGAUUAACAUGUUUAGGCGUUUGAAAAGAAGGCUUUUAUCCAUCGAUUCUAGACCUUUGCGAGCAUGUAGGACUAUAUAUUCUUGUUAAUGUGUGCGUGUGUUCGUUACGAAUAAGAGUAAUUUAAUUAACAAAAGCAUGAACUGAAUAUCGCUCCAAUUUCUCAAGCGUGCGUGCCUAGGUAUAUAAACCUUAAAUAAUCGCGACAAGAAGCAGCAAUAGAUUAUAUAAAGUAUAUUAUGUGACACUAAAGUUUCCGGCUAUAUGUGCCAAAGCGAUCAUCAAGCCUCUGUGGCAGUAACGAAUAGUUAUAUGUCAAUUUCUUCUUUUCUGUACAGCGGGCGAUUUCCUAAAAUUGUGUUGUUCAUAUUUUGUAAAGCGCAUUUCGAACAUUUACUUUUACAGUCAAUUUGCUCUGUCAUUACUAACAUAAAUACUUCGGCUCAUGGGAAGUAGUAAAACAUGUUCUCCGCGCAAACUUGUUUCAACAACAAGAUUGUUACCACGGCGCGUGAGUCGGCUUGUAAUUACGAUAUCCGACAGUCGGCCUUCCAGUGACGUUUAUGUUACGUUUUGAAAUAUAUGCUGGCGCUGACAUGAGGCGGUACCUAACACAAUAAUUGUUUGAGGAUCCAUAGCUAAGCUGACGGACUUAUAGCUUCUCUCAUUCGUUGUUUGUGCAAUCUUUGCCUUGUUUCUUUACGCUCACCACACAAUGAAUCGCCACAGAAAGUUGUUUUCUCGCUAGUAUAUGCUUCUGCAGCGCGUCAAUUCAAAUGCGAAGUUAAAUUACAAGUUCACGCAAUUCUUGGUUUUGUUCCGAAGGGACAUAGUUUUAUUCGUGGAAGCUAAAGAGAAUCACCGAACCAAUUUAUUCCUGUAGCAUAAUUUUCUUUUUCAAAACUUUAACUGCAUUACAGAGACGGAAGAAAAAAAAACAAAAAAAGUCACAUAUUACAGUUCCAAAAUAAAAACCAGACUGCUACUUCUCGAAUUUAAUGCUAGAGCAUAUGAGUCCAUGACGUCAGCUUGGCGUCACAGAUUUCUUUUUUUUUUUUUGUUCAUGCAUUUCAGCAUUCCUCGGGCAAGAAAAGAAGCCAAAAGUUGAAUUUUCGAGAAUAUUCUAUUGUUGCGUAAACUCGCUUCAUCGCUUAGCUCUCAUCUAGAAACAUGCAGGCGCUUUCAGAGUAUGUGGCGUCGAGUGAAUUUGUUGCGCACAUACCGAAGCGUCGUCGCAACAACCCGUGUUCUAUUUUUGCGUCGUUUCGUGGCUUACCGUGCCGUGCCUCGGAGAGCGGUAAAACUUGCCUGUUUCUCGUUUUGCAGACCUAGAAAUACGCAUUGCUUGAGAGUGCGCUUUUAUGUUCCUGUUACACAACUUGUAGGGGCCACUGCCUGCUUGUAAGCAAGCAUAAAAGUCGAGCUGCCAGCCUAUAUACAAAUGUAUGCGAAAUGUAGUUGGUUGUACGAGGUUAAGAAAGUGCUGCGCGCUCGCGUAAGAGUAACAAAAAUAUGGUCUCUCGCUCUGGUCCACAUAAGUGUUCUUCACAAAGCUAUGACUGCCAUUUUAUGAAGCAGCAAAUUGUCUGCUAAACGUCACCUCAAACGAAUGCGAGUUCUGCGUGCUUUUUUUACACGCAUAGUGAUUGAAGCGAUUUUGUGAGGCUCGCUAAGGUUGCCUCGUGGUUCCGCAUCCUUGACGGUAGAAGCAGGUUAGCGGGUUACAAGUUUAGAGAUGUAUAGGACGUUUAAACGCUUAUGAAAGCUAGGUAAGUACGCCGGCGUUUACAGGUCAGAGCAACGUUGUAAGAAAGUUUUUUCUUUUAUUUAUUUUUUUUUAAUUAUGAGCAAACGCAAUAGACUUAGUCAUAUGUGUAAUGAGGACACUAGAAUAAGGCCCUAACUGAGUUAACUGAGGUUUGGAAACUCGAGAGUGAAAUUAGGUAGGAAACUAACCGUUGCAAACCCCCUCGAAGCUUGCUUUGUACUAUUAAUAAAAAUUUCUUUUUUUUAAAAAAGAGAACACUCGACAUUGAUUCGAGUAACAAUGUUGAGCGAACCUAAGCGCACACGCGCGAAUGAAGUUGGGCAUUUUAGGACAAAGCUUGUGGUUGUUUCGGGAAACUCCCAACGUUGGUCGAGUUCGCAGAGGGCGGAAGGCUCCAUGGCAUAGCGUGGGUUUUGUUCACUCAGUUGACAUUUGUGUGACGCGAAUGAGCUACAUGACUUUUGUGUUAUGUUGUUUCUAUUUGUGCAAAAUAAAGAACGUACAUGUGCA